UUUUUUGUUUUUGUUAACUUUUUGUUGUUGUGGCCGCAGCAACAGCCUCACAAUUGGCGCUUUCUAUUACUUCCGUCGGCUACUGUCGCUGGCCUCCACAGCGGCGGUGCAGCAGCUGAACGCCAGCUAUGAAGUCGUGGAGGAGCUUGGUGGAGGCGCAGCUGCUGGAGGCAUGAACGACAGCGAUCUGUAUCUCUACUAUAACGGCAAUGAUGCGGCGGAUGUAGGCACUGAGAAGAGUUUGAGCUACGGCCCGGAGGCAACAACGGCCAUGACCAUGCUGGCUGGAUCGACUGCGAAUCGCAGCGUCGCCGCCGCCGCCGCUGGCAACGCUUCGCGCAUUGUCGCCGAUGUGCCCAUUUGGGUGGUGCCCUGCUAUAGCAUCAUACUGCUCUUCGCUGUGGUGGGCAAUCUGCUGGUGCUGCUCACUCUCGUCCAGAAUCGUCGCAUGCGCACCAUCACCAACGUGUUCCUGCUCAACCUGGCCAUAUCCGAUACGCUGCUGGGCGUGCUCUGCAUGCCGGUGACAUUGGUCGGCACACUGCUGCGGCAUUUUAUCUUUGGCGAGUUUCUCUGCAAGCUCAUACAAUUCGCUCAAGCUUCUUCAGUGGCCGUUUCGUCCUGGACACUGGUCGCCAUCUCCUGUGAGCGCUACUACGCCAUUUGCCAUCCGCUACGCUCCCGCACCUGGCAGACCAUCAACCACGCCAACAAGAUCAUCGCAUUCAUUUGGCUGGGCGCGCUCGCCUGCAUGACGCCCAUUGCGCUCUUCAGCCAGCUAAUGCCCACCAGUCGUCAAGGUUCGCGCAAAUGCCGUGAGCAGUGGCCCGCCGGCACUUUGGGCUACGAGCGCGCCUAUAACAUAUUUUUGGAUCUGGUGCUGCUGGUGCUGCCGCUGCUGGCCCUUAGUUUUGCCUAUUUGUGCAUCACCCGCACCCUCUACGUCAGCAUGCGCAACGAGCGUGACAUGAACUUUGGCAGCAGCGGCCCCGACCCCACCAUUGCCAUCGAGGACACCAACAUCAACGGCAAUGGCAAUGGCAAUGGCAGUGACAAUGCCGCUGGCGCUACCAGUGGCGCCUCCAGCUACAGCAGCUCCAACUAUGUGCGUCGCACCUAUGGCCAGCGUAUGCAAAUGCGCUCCAGUCAGCCCCACUGUCCCGGCUGUGGCGCCCCCACCACCAAUGAUACGCUCGCUAUGGAAAGCAAUGCGCAGCUCGACUUGUUGCUCCAGCAGCAGCAGCAGCAGCAGCCACCGCAAAUGGGCAUGCAGUAUUACUAUGCUGAUAAUUAUGGAAGCAAGCGGCGUUUGGUUGGUGGCUCCUGCGAUGGUCGACGACAACUUUAUGGCAUGCGCAGCGGUUCGAUCAAGUCGGGCGGACGAAAUCAGCAGCAGCAGCAGUUCAAUUGCUCUGAGGGUUGCUAUGGACGCACGCGAUAUCUGCGACAUCAUGGCCCGAUUUAUGUGGAUGGCAACGAGCGACGCAAGUCGCUGUCCACGCCCAGUCUGCGCAUUACGGAGGCGACACUGCGCCGCUCGAACGAGAGCAAGAGCCUGGAGAGCAAGAAGCGUGUGGUCAAGAUGCUGUUUGUGCUUGUGCUGGAGUUUUUCAUCUGCUGGACGCCGUUGUAUGUGCUCAACACCAUGACCAUGUUGGCUGGGCCCGUUGUCUAUGAGUAUAUUGACUACACUACGAUCACACUGCUCCAGCUGCUUGCCUACUCGUCCAGCUGCUGCAAUCCGAUAACCUAUUGCUUCAUGAACGCCAGUUUCCGUCGCGCCUUUGUGGACACAUUCAAGGGCAUGCGGCUGUGGAAUGGCGGACGGCUGCGCUUUUGCCGGCGUCGCAGCUCCAAGACCGAUACGAAUCUCUCGGUGGCUGGCAACUCAAUUGCGCUGGCCAACUCUGUUAUGUCAAGCCAUACGAUACUGGAGAGUCCACGACUCUGAGACGGCCGCAGAAGCCAGAAGCGCCGACGCGACAGGGAGCGCGAGCGCAAUAGGCUGGGAACGGGCACGGGUACAGGAUUUGAAAUGGGAAUGGGAACUGGGCUAAUGGAAACAGAGUCGCUGUAAAUUAAGCAGCAAACGAAUAUAAAUAUUUUUUUUUCAUGAGUGUAAUAUAAUGAUGAUGAAGAAGAAGAAGAAGAAGAAGACAAAGUACUCGGUAUGUGAUGUGCAAAGUAAUUGAAACUGUGGUUGUCAACGAGAUUCUACUACAAAAAGUAAGUUGGUCUGGAUAUUAAACAUAUAUAUACGCAUCUUUAUGCAUAACAUAAC